UUCACAUCACAGUUAUCGCCAAUACAACGGUAUUGCCUCACUUUGCUGCUCCCACAUGUUCUGUACUGACAAUUCGCUGCUGAUAAGCGACCUGGAGGGGAAGGGACUGGUUGCAACACGUCUCCUCUUCUUCUCCCUCCAUCCGGCGUCAGAUGAAGUCGACAUUGCUCGACUCCAACUUUCCGAGUCGCUGAGCCCAGACACGCGAUACGUUGCUCUCAGCCAUCGAUGGGGCGCCCACGAAACGUGCUGCACCACCUUGGGGAACCUGAAGGAAAUGAUCGAGACAGGUGUCCAGGUAUCAAAGUUGCCGGCUACGUUCCGCGAUGCAGUCUACGUCGCUCGGGGGAUGGGGUUGUCCUACCUCUGGAUCGACUCCCUCUGCAUCGUCCAGGACGACAAAGAAGACUGGAAAAAUGAGGCGCAACGCAUGGCCAUUAUCUACGACAACGCGACCUACACGAUUGCUGCGAACGACGGCCUUGAUAGCAGUUCGGGACUCUCCAUGCGGGGCUCCGACCUCAGGAGCACCAACAUACUCGACUCGCGGGCCUGGGUGUGCCAGGAACGCAUGGUAUCGCCGCGGUCGCUCAUCUUCACAGGGGACUCCGUCCUUUGGGAAUGUCGCGAAUGCGAUGCUUCCGUCGCGAGCCCCGACCUCAAGCUCCGAAGGACGAUAGGGGCGGAAGAGACUCCAACCCACCCGAAGGACAUAUUCGUCUACUUCAGAGACUGGCGUUUGCCUCUGAAAGAAGAGGAACCGGCGAGAGUGACUGAAAUCGAGGACGAUGAUGACGAAGACUCUCUUGAGAGUUCAGAGGACGAGCAGUCCGAUAUCGAGGAAACAGAAGACAUACCAAAGGAUGACGCGGGAGCUCUGGCGCAUACCCGGCCGAGGCGUCGCAGCAGUGAGCACAAGGCCGCCUCCAAGAAGGGAGAAAACCUAGAAGACGGCAAUGUUGCCCUUCAGGAGACAUCCUAUUCUCAACAUACGCCCAAUGAAAUCGUGCUUCGCAACGGUACACCGGAGCCGGAUCCUAACGCCGCCCUAGCCGCCGCUUCUGACCUCCGUCUCGACUCGGAGGACGCAACGAGACGCGCAGAAGACAUCGUCUUCAACAAUUCCGAGGAAGCGCAAGAACCACCAGAGCAUCCUGACAGCGAGUACGACUCGGAUGGAUACCCCGCCUACACAGGCGGCUUGCCAGGCCACGCGGCAAACUUGUCCGUCUUUCUCCAAGGCGGCAGGACGUCGAAGCCCUACAAGCUUUAUCCAGAGAACCUGAGAGAGGGUGACGCGGACCCCUUUGGCGAUUUUAUAGUCGUCGUGUCCGACCUCGACGAUUCCUUACGACCGCACUACCGGCUCUUCCUCAAAACGUGGUGGUCGUUCUUAUCCAACUACUCCCCGCUCUCCCUCACCUACGGGUCCGACAAGUUCUUGGCGAUCAACGGCAUCACGUCGGUCGCACAGAGGUGGACGCAUUUGCGGUCUUCGUUCGGCCUCUUUUACCACUUCUUGGAGACGGAGCUGAUGUGGUACGUCGACCCCGACGGACCACCAGGAGCGAGACACGAGAGCUGGCUCGUCCCGACGUGGUCGUGGGCGUCGACGAGAAACGCGAGGGUGAAGAACGACGUAUACGCGCGAUACCCGCUUCUCGGAAACAUCAUGAUCAAGCCGGUGAUCACGCACGCCAUGGGUACAGCCUUUGACCAGCCGCUCCCCUUCGCCGCCUGGAUGGCCCGGAGGUACCACUCCAUCGAAGUCAAGGGAGACCUGAGGAAGGGCGUGGUCACGGCCGCGCAGGGGGCGGACGGCAAGACCAGAUACCCGAUCGUCCUCGACAGCGUGGGCAGGUUCUCGGACGAGGAGGUGCACGAUUUCCGGCCCGACUGCGCGGAGGACUUCCCCGUCGGCCGGCCUGUGAAGGUCCUCUACAUGGUGUGGUAUCAUUACGAUGCAGAGUACUUUGGGCUCGCAGAGUACAUCGACACCGGCUUGGUCCUGAGGCAGAUGAAGGGCGAGACCGAGAUCGGCAUGUAUGAGGAGGAUGUGCCCAAGUCGUUUUUGAGCGACCAGCGCCUCUUCAACAGGCUCGGGUAUUUGGAAACGAGGUAUCCGGUUGGAAGCUUGCGGGAUUCUGACUUCAUGUCGGAAUUAAACUGGUAUUUCGCGAGGCUAGCUUGAGAUUAUUUGCCCAGGCCUAUGGCAACGCCCUCAAUGACUGC